AUGGUGUUAGAAGCUACUGUACUAAUUGUUGAUAAUUCAGAGUAUUCUAGGAAUGGAGACUUUCUAAAAACAAGAUUUGAAGCUCAGAUUGAUGCGGUUGAGUAUAUCUUUCAGGCAAAGAGAAAUAGCAACCCGGAAAAUACUGUUGGUUUAAUAUCAGCCGCUGGUAGCAGUCCAAGGGUAUUGUCUACUUUUACGCCAGAGUUCGGUAAAAUUCUAUCUGGUUUGCAUAAUACAACCGUUGAGGGAGUACUUCAUCUGGGUACGGCUAUCCAGAUUGCAGCAUUGACUCUAAAGCAUAGACAAAAUAAGGUACAACAUCAGCGCAUUGUGGCCUUUGUAUGUAGCCCUAUUCUGGAUGAGCGCGAUGAGUUGGUGAAACUGGCAAAGAAGUUGAAGAAGAACAACAUUGCAGUAGAUAUUAUAAAUUUUGGUGAGGAUGCAACCAAUAACUCCAUCCUGGAGGAAUUUAUUGCUGCGGUAAAUAACUCUCAAGAAGAUAAUAGUCACCUGCUAACUGUUUCCCCAGGACCAAGGUUACUUUAUGAACACAUCGCGGGUUCUCCAAUAGUUCUAGCCGAAGGAGCCACAGCUCCUGGAAUGGGCGGCUUUGGCGGUGAGAAUUUUAUGGAUUUUGCAGUAGAUCCCUCAAUGGAUCCAGAAUUAGCUAUGGCCUUACGUCUAUCGAUGGAAGAGGAGCAAGCCAGGCAGGAGAGGCUGAGACAGGAAGAACAGUCCCAGAGCAAGCCUGAAGGCCAAAAGAAUGAGGAUAAAUAG